GAAGAAAGCUCUUCGUGUACUUGAGACCACCAACAGGCCGCUGGCCGAACAGCAGGCGGCCAACAAGGACUGCACGAGUUUGAUAAUACUGUACUGUACAGUACCACCAUUGUCGACUACAGAUGAACUGGGGGGGGAGGGGUGACCCUAGAACAGAUGUAAUCACUUUAUAUUAUUUUCUAUGGGAGUAGUAGUCCUAUGGUUCGAGGUUCAAAUCUCGUCUCUGCACUUCCUGUGUGAAAUUGGCAUCUUCUUUCCGUGCUUGCGCUGCUUUUCUCCCGGGAGACUCCUCCAAAAAUCACGCCUGUCAAGCCCGUGCCAAACUUUUAAACCAGCACCCUCUUCUGGCCACCUUCGAAUCUACAAGUAGAUUCAUCACCGUCGCGUCAUCGAAAAUGUGCAUAUAAUUCAGAAUCACUUUCUGAGCAAUCAGGAUGUAUUCAAACUGAAUUGGAGUUUGACUUUAUGAAGUGCUAUCUUCUCAUCAUGAGCAAGAUUUGAUUAAAUUGAUGACAAGGUUUUUAUUGAUUUGUAUUUUGGGAGAAAAUGUGGGUUUGUCCGAAGGCCUAAUAACACUCUCUCUAUUAAAAGUCACUCGCAGUAGCACGUGGCUCUUUUUAUCCAGAGCUGUGUGAUGGGAAACACAAAUCAGACACAUUUGCAACAAAAUCCAAAUGCCCCUUUUCCCCCCAAAAUACAACAUAAAUCAUUCAUGAAUGCACAGUGCACCCAUGAUCCCCCUUGUCUCCUCUCCCUUUGAUGCGCUCCACGCGGCAGAACUAUCAAUAUUUGCUAAACGGUUCUCACAAAGCCUUAUCCAUGCAUGCGCCGCGGUGCCAAAGCCGCGGGUCUCACAAGCAUGUCUAAGACAUAAGAGAGGCCUUAAUGAGAUGCCCUGAGCCAUUUCCCUGUACGUGCACAAUUGCAGCAGAUGUAGCAGCUCAAAUCCCGAGGGGUUCCCUCCAUGGAAUUUCAUCAGCGAAGACCCGACCCAGACCUCCUCCACUAAGGGGUGUGGAUCUGAGUGACGGACAUGUUGGAGGGAUGUCCGACUGGAGAGUCUCCAGUCACCCCCAGGAAGAGGCUCCUCUCUGCGGAGGACGCACGCUGCAGCAACCGGCCUGCCCCGGAGGGCGCCGGCUCGGUUUCUCUGCCCGAGACAGAGGAGAAGGGAGGCUUUUGUCACAGUUGUCAGAAGAAAGUGUCUGAGUUGAGGAAGCUGGCGUUGGGCCUGGCUGACCAAACCUCAUUCAAGGACACGGGCUAUGCAGCUUUUCUGUUGGAGCAGCUCAACACAUCUGGGCGCAAGGAAGGUGCCGUCAGCUGCUGUCAGGUGUGCUUCACGCCUCUCCAUCAACUGAAGCAGGAGGCUCUGCAGACUCUCAAUGCAACCGCCCUCGCCCCCGACAUGCCGGCCCUGCCCGCCUCUUCCUUGCUCCCACGGCCCUCGAGAUUUGCCGCGUCAUCCUCCAGCAUCCAUGCAAACCAAGUGUCCAAAGGCCAAACUGCCCCACACUCAAGCCUGCCUUUCGGAGAGCAGCCUCGGGAGCCGCGCUGGUUCCAGAACCCCUCGGUCCCGUCAGGUCCCAAGACCAGUGUCCAGGUGACAGUAGCAGGAGGUCAAUUCACUGGAUCCCUGAACUCUGUCACCAUCCAAGCGCAACAGUACCUCGAGGGUGUUUGGAGCAUCUCCAGGGUCAACAACUUCGUCCCUCAGCCUAAACUGGCCCAAAGCUUGAAGGGGGACGCCGGCAGAGAUGUCCCGACCUCCGCGGCCCCGCUCACCACCAUGACCAACCGCAGCAGCACUAUCAAGAGCAGCACCUUGACGCCCUGUCGCCUUAGAGGCCCCGUGCAGAUGGACCUCCCGACCCCCAUCACCAGUGCAUCCAGCUCCAUCACACCCUCCUCAUCUGCAGCGGCCUCCUUCUUCAUCAGGGCAGCUCAGAAGCUGAACCUGUCCUCCAAACGGAAGAAGCAGCAGCCUUCCCAGCUCCACCCACAGGAGCCCUCCAUCUACCCCACCAACUUCAGUGGCAUUCUGCAGGUUUCGCCCCCUGCUGCCCCACCAUGCCUGCUCCGCGCCGUAUCCAAAGUGAAAGAGAAUCCUGGGAUGGGCAAGGUCAAAGUGAUGAUGCGCAUUUGCCCGUCUUGGGAGGCAACCGACUCAUCCGAGUCUCAGUCGUUCUUGAAAGUGGACAGCAGGAAAAAGCAGGUAACCCUCUACGAUCCCGCAUCCAGCCCUCCGCACUCAAGUUCAGGACACAGACGCUCCGCCACUGUUGCUGUCCCAAAGAUAUUUGCCUUUGAUGCAGUUUUUACCCAGGACGCCUCACAAGCUGAGGUGUGCUCAGGUACAGUAGCGGAGGUCAUCCAAUCAGUGGCGAAUGGCGCCGAUGGGUGCAUCUUCUGCUUCGGGCAAGUUAAGCUUGGCAAGACAUACACAAUGAUCGGCAAAGACAGCUCCACUCAGACCUUGGGCGUGGUGCCCUGUGCCAUCUCCUGGCUCUUCAAGCUCAUCAACGAACGCAAAGAGAAGACAGGCGCACGUUUCUCCGUCCGGGUGUCUGCAGUGGAAAUCUUUGGGCAAGAUGAGGAACUGACGGACCUGCUGUCUGACGUAUCGACGGAGAGCCAGCAAGAAGGCCAAUCGUCAGGCAUCCAUCUCAGAGAGGAUCCCAUUUGUGGCACUCAACUUCAGAAUCAGAACGAGCUUCACGCCCCGACAGCUGAGAAGGCGGCUUUCUUUCUGGAUGCUGCCAUAGCAGCCCGCAGCACCAGCCAGCCCAGUGCAGAGGAGGAGGAGCGACGCAACUCGCACAUGCUGUUCACGCUGCACAUUUACCAGUAUCGCAUGGAGAAGAGCGGCAAGGGAGGAAUGUCAGGUGGGCGGAGCAGGCUACACCUCAUCGACCUGGGGAGCUGUGAAAGAGUCUUGAGUAAAAGUCGAGAAGGGGGAGGCGGAGCGUGUCUUUCUCUGAACGCAUUGGGGAAUGUCAUCAUGGCUUUGGCGAAUGGAGCAAAACACGUACCAUACAGGGACAGCAAACUGACAAUGUUGCUGAGAGAGUCCCUCGGCAACAUCAAUUGUCGAACCACCAUGAUUGCCCACAUCUCCGAUUCUCCGGUGAACUACGCCGACUCACUCACCACGAUCCAACUGGCAUCCCGCAUUCAUCGCAUGAGGAAAAAGAAAUCAAAGUAUGCAUCCAGUUCAUCUGGAGGGGAAAGCUCUUGUGAGGAAGGGAGGAUCCGUCGACCACCUCACCUCAGGCCUUUCCAUCCUCGGACUGUGGCCCUGGACCCGGAUCUACCCUCUCUGCUCAGUGACCCGGACUACUCCUCCAGUAGUGAGCAGUCAUGUGAUACUGUUAUUUAUGUGGGCCCCGGUGGAGCCGCGAUCUCAGACAGGGAGUUGAGUGACAAUGAAGGCCCACCUGCUUUUGUUCCCAUCAUCCCUUCCCUGAACAAGAAGAGGACGGCAAAGGAAGGUCCUUUAGACAGAGACCAAUUCUUUAAAUGCAACACAUUUGCUGAGCUGCAAGAGAGGUUGGAAUGUAUAGACGGUAGUGAAGAACCAACAGCAUUUGUUGGUGAGGGCAAGCGAAACCAAGCGAGCCCCAAGACGGACAAAUCUAAGGAGAGCGGCGCAAGCUCUGUUUCACCAAAGACUCUUGCAAGCGUGACUUGCAACCAAGACGGCACCUCACCCAAACAAUCUCCUAAAUCAGUUGCUGUACAGCCAUUUUCCAGUCCUGGCACUAAAUCAAAAGAGGACGUUUCUGAAAGGCAAGGCAUACCUGCAGAAAGAAAACAACCAGAAUACAUUCCAAAUGUAUGCAGAACCAGUGCGGAUGGCGAGAGGAACUUGGUUUCAGAAAGCAGUGUUGAUGCUGAUAAAUCGACAAUGGCUGCAACAGCUCAUCCUGAACCUGUUGUAAGGGAAAAGAUCUACUUUAACAAGAAAGCUUCUCGCAAGGAAAAUUCAGAAAAGACAGGAGGAUCCAACACCAGAAUGCCCCCUGUGGGGAUGAGCCACCAAGCUGUGAAAAGGAGAGAUCCUUGUACUCGCCCAAUUCUCCGUGCUCCAAUCGAGGUUUGUCAAAUGAGCUCCACCUUGCAGGAAAAGUGUUUUGAUCGAGACAUCCUGAGAGCAACUGUCACCUUGCAGCAACCCGUGGAGCUGAAUGGAGAAGACGAGCUGGUGUUCACUGUGGUAGAGGAGCUAUCUAUAGGCAGUAUUGGCGAUAAGGGCCGGCCAUCCAGCAUUAUCAGCUUUAAUAGUGAUUGUUCUCUGCAGGCCCUUGCCUCUGGCUCCAGACCUGUGAGCAUUAUUAGCAGCAUCAAUGAUGAAUUUGAUGCCUACACAUCAACUGUUGGGGGAGUCGAGUUAAACGUUGAAAUGGUACCACCGCUACAGGAAGGACCAAUGGAGUGUCUACACAGUAGGGGUUCUUCUGUCAGCUCUUGGCUUAGUGAAGUGAGUGUUUGCACUCUGGAGAGUGAAGGGGCUCAAUCUUCUGAUGUCUUCCUUCCAUCAGACAAGACCACGGGGCCAGAAGCCGCUUUUAAUUUUGAUUCCCUCGAUCUGUUCCAUUCUGUAGCAUCAACUCGGAAUGCUAAGAAUUCAUUGAAUGACAGUGGCUUCAGUUUCUCUGAACAGGACAGUGAUAGCGCUGCCUCGAGCAAGCUAUCCUUGACAAAGUGCCCCCCAUCUCCAGAUUCAACCAAAGCACCCCUCAGAUUACCUUCUAAAAUAACAAAAGCUUAUUCACUAAGCUCCACGCUUUCACAGAGUCCCUCCAUGGUUCAUUCCAGUCUUCCAAGGAAGGUCAAACCUACCUCAUCCAUCCCCAGUAGUAGCAGUAGCAGCAACAGCAGAGAUUCACCGAGGCAAGAUGCCAAGCAGGAAAAUCCCUGGCAGCGCACAGACAACCUCCCACAAGCGCAACCGAUUGUACCCACGAGCAGGUUUGUCAGAACCCCUCCCAGUGGUAUUGCAUCAAGCAAAACAUCCAACAACUUUAACAGUGCACCUCGACCAUCCAAGGUACAUGGGCCUACCUCAUCCCAAAGGGUGGUUGAUGGGUGCGAGAAGUCUGCCAGUAAGAAAUCUGAUCCUCCCAGCAGAAUGCCUCAGCUAAGAAGAGGUGCAACCACUUUAGGAACAGUGCCCUUCAUCCAUUCGUCUACGGACGACAAGGGAACCCAAGAUGUUGCAGCAGCGACAGGCCUUAAAUUCUCCUCUCUCGGGAAAAACAACAAGGAUAACUCACAGAAAUCAAGUAACCUACCCAGACCAGGUUGCAUAUCCCCUCCUCCGCCGCCAGUAAGAAAGUCCAGUCUCGACCAAAAGACCAAGAUCCUUCUACCCCAAAGUGCCUUAAAGUCAGCAUAUGGGGAGGCAGGAAGGAACAUCGGGGCCAGGACAGGGCUAUCGGAGGAUGAGCUCGAGGUUCGUCACAGAGCGGACUCCAUUCAUUUAAAAACCUCCAGCCUGAGAGCUGACCAUAGCAAUGUCAAAGUUACCUCAAGUCUGAAGGCGAGAGGAACAAGAGGUGAAGCUGGGCAUCACUAUGGUAGUCAGAUGUCCUUGGAGAGGUGUGACGGUAUGUCUCUGUCCAGCCCCCGAGCUGGGCUGAGUAGGGAAAAUAGUGGCGCAAGUCUGGGGAGCAGCGGCAACAAAGCUGGUAAAUUUAUUCCUCGAUUAGGCAUUCCCAAUUCGUCAAGUUCUCCUAUCGCGACCUGCCCGUCAACCCCAGGUGGAGAAACCACAAGCAAAAUGGGCCAGGUCAAAGCAUCAGGAAACACUCGAGCAUUAGGAUCACUCAACAGCAGUAAGGCACGCUCAUUGUCUGCCAACAGUUCCAAAGGCCUAAGUUCUUCCACCAAAUCUUUGGCCACGGCUGUGACUAGAAAUACCAACGCCAACCUUCCUCCAUCAGGCAGAACAUCAGCUCCUCGGACGGCUGCUGCUGUCACGAGCAAGCCUGGGAGAGGGACUAUCAUGGGCACAAAGCAGGCUGUGCGAGCCGCCAACAGCCGAGUGAGUGAACUGGCGACAGGUAGCAUUUCAGGCAAGCACGUGAAAGUUUCCGGAGAUUCAGACAGUGGUAACGACAGUGGCGUGAACGUGGGUGAUGACAAAUCCCCAAUAGCUAUGCUACCGUCACCGUACAGCAAAAUUACAGCACCUAGACGGCCCCAACGGUACAGCAGUGGUCACGGCAGUGACAACAGUAGCGUGCUGAGUGGGGAGUUGCCUCCAGCAAUGGGCCGCACAGCUCUCUUCUAUCACAGUGGCGGCAGCAGCGGAUACGAGAGUAUGAUCCGUGACAGCGAAGCCACGGGGAGUGCUUCCUCUGCCCACGAUUCAAUGAGUGAGAGUGGAAUGUCAUCUUCGGGCAGAACAAGGAGCUCCAAAUAUCCCAAAAAGAGAGCAACUGGUUUCCAGAGGAGACGGCUAAUUCCAGCGCCCCUGCCAGAUACCUCUUCCCUGGGGAUGAAAGUAGGCACAGCAGGCCAGUGGGUCGACUUGCCCCCAACACUGAAAGAGCCUUUUGAAAUCAAGGUCUAUGAAAUUGACGAUGUGGAACGCCUUCAGAGAGGACGUCAGGAACAAGCUACAGAGCAACCAUUUCACGAUGUUGACAAGGGUCUGUUGUAUUUUAAUAAUAAGUUGAAGAUGUUGGAGAGAAGGCAACAGCAAGUAAGGGAGUUGAAAUCAAAGCAUGAAGUGUUGAUGGAGGAGCUGGAGGACACCAAAGCCCGGCUAAUGAUGGAUCCCAGGAAGUGGACCGGCGAGUUUGAAGUGGACCCAAGUUUGAAUAAAGAGUCUCCAGAGUACCUGGAUGUCUUGGAGCGGGUCACAGAAGAGCUGGAGUUUUGCGUCAACUUGUGCAAGUCACGCGUCAUGAUGGUGACCUGCUUCGACAUCAGCACGCAGGCAGCCGCCGCUCACGAGGAACCGCGGGAAGUUGAAGUCUGAGGACGAAUGCAAGUCGAUGCGCUGAAACGAGGAAGUGAAAAGGAUGGUGAAAUGUAGCAGCCGCUUCAAGGAUAUUACUGCAAUGAAGAAUGCCUGGAAGAAAGAAGGCGUCUGCAUGAAAAACGGAAAUCAUAACCACAAUGCUAGAGUGCCUCGUUGUCCUGGACAAGGCAGUGAAACGAAACGUGAGCACAAAUGCAUAGCAGUGGCCAUCACAUACUCUUACUCAAGAGUCAGUGAACACCUGGAAGUGCCUUUAUGAAAACGCGUUUCAUGUCAUUGUUUUACUUUCGGUGCCGGCAUAUCUAUAAACCUAAACAAACCCUGAACAUUUUGCUUUUAAGAACAAAUAUUUUAUAUUGCAUUGUAAAGUGUAUUUAUAAUUAUGUGUUGUGUAAAAAAAUCUUUGAAAGGGUAGAAAUAAAGGGGGAAAAAAGAAAAAAAAAGCAAUAAGCUAAUGUUAUUGCGCUCCCGGACUUUGCCUUUUCUCUUGUUUGGAACCUCACUCAGCAUUUUCGUCAUUCAGCCUCUUGCGCCUUAUGUUCACUUUUGUAGUUUUCUAGAUCUUCAAACUGGACUGUGUUUUCUCAUGAACGAUGCAUUUGCUCUCAUUCUCCCCAUCACCUGCCAUCUUGCCUGCAGAACACUGCAAGGUUGAGUGAAUGUUUGUUUGUUUGUUUUUUUGUCUCUCCAGUUGCCUUGAUCACAAUGAAUCUCAGUGGAUGCACAAACGUAGAGCAGCAGUUAACGUUUUAUCCAUGAGUGCCCAAAACGACAUGCUAAGCCAAAACAUAUCAAUCAGAGAGCCACUGUGAUGGACACUUAGCGUUAAUUCUCCUUGGUGCCUCCACAACUGCCCAUGUAAUGGUUUUCUUACAGGCCUAAAACAAGAAAAGCAUGAUGACUAGUUACACAAUGACAGCAAACGGAGAGCUAACUAUACAAUGUAAAAAAAAAAGAAAAAAAAGAAAGAGGCACAAAGGAGAAAGCACAAAAAAGCCUGUUGUUUCAUUUUUAUUGUUGUUGUUCAUUUGUUAUAGAGGAACCUCAGCUCUAUGCAUUCCACUUUUUACUGACAUUACUCUCCGACUGUCAGUACUGACUUUAAGCGCAGCAGCAUAUGUUUGACUAUUUGCCCUGGACUUUUAUCUUAUUUGGGUUUUUUGUUCUUACUCGGGCAAGUUUUAAACUACUCCACAACAUCAUUACUUCAGUUUACAAUGAAAUUAUGCAGCAAAUACAAACCAAUUAUGUUGAUAUUAGUCAUCUGUGUGUCAUCUAAAAUGAUCACUGGAUAUGAUUGUGAACAAGCAACUUUUUUGGGGGUGCAUUUUGUUUUCUAUAACUAUAAUAAUAGGAAUUUGUUUACUUUCUUUAACACAGAUGUUCUCUCAGGCCCUCUCUGAAGAUGCUGCAUGAGAUUUUUUAAUCAUUUUUAGCCAUGAUUUCUACUCCAUUUUUACCAUUCAAAUUUUUUACAAUAACUUCAUUUUUCACAAAUGUGGGUUUAGGCUUAUGAAUGAAAAAAAAAAACCUGAUAGUACCAAACCGAGACCUUUUUCCAAAAAAUUAUUUUAUGUAAGGUCACAUUUCAUAUCGAAACCCAUAUUUUCGAAUAUCUUUGCUUUUGUACAGGAUUUUCAAACUCUGUGUAUAUAUGUAUGAUAUGGCAGCUUGUGUUUUACUUUUACAGUACCUGUGAAUAAAAUACUUCUUACUGAUGA